AUGACGUUCUUAGCGAGUAUAUUGCCCGCAGACUCUGAGCUUUUCAGCUUCAAAGGCGCUGUCUUUUGGUUUGCAGUGUUUUCAGCAUUGGCCACCGUCUAUGCUGUUUAUUCAGUUAUAUACAAUGUUUUCUUCCACCCUCUCAAGCACAUCCCCGGUCCAUUCUUCGCACGCGCGUGCGGUAUUCCCUGUGCUCUACAUAUGUUUGACGGCAGUUCGGUCCAAUGGGUAAAAGAGUGCCAUGAUAAGUACGGCGAUGCGGUUCGUGUGACCCCAAGUGAAGUCAGCUUCAUCUCAGGAGAAACUGCUUGGCAAAGCAUAUACGGCUUCCGUGUAGGCAAGAGCAAGAACACCGGAUAUUACCUCAAGGACAGGAAUUGGUACUUAGCACCUACCAACGGCGUUGAGUCAAUCAUCAUAGCAGAUGAAGCAGGACACUCGAGAAUGCGACGUAACCUCGCACACGCUUUCAGUGACAAAGCCCUACGAGGACAAGAGAGUCUCAUUCAGUCUUAUGUCGAUCUUCUCGUUCAGCGCAUGGGCGAACACGCCGCUCAAGGCAAAGACAUGGAUAUCAUGACCUGGUACAACUAUGCAACUUUCGAUAUUAUAUCCGAUCUCACCUUCGGCGAACCACUCUACUGCCUGCGCGAUUCCGUCAAACACAGCUGGGUUUCCAUCACCUUCAAGUCCAUAACGGCCACCGGUUUGAACGCUGCUCGCAAUAAACAUUUCAUCUUCAGGUGGUCCAACUCCCUGCGCAGCAUUUUCCAAGACAACUCAGUUGCUGCGCGCGCACGACUCGAGUUUUUUGAGCGCGCCCGCGAUCAGGUCAGCAAGCGACUAGCGAAGCUUGACAGCGAGAAAGGCGUGGAAAAACCAGACUUCUUCACCCACAUAGUGAACAACCAAGAGAAGGAAGCAACAAGAAUGACCAGAGACGAAAUGGACAGCAAUGCAGUCACCUUUCUCGUUGCAGGUAGCGAAACCACUGCUACAACAUUGUCGGGCGCUACCCAUUUCCUCCUCCGUAACCCCUCUGCGUAUACUAAACUCGCUGCCGAAAUCCGCUCUCGUUUUUCUUCUCCUGACGAGAUCACUAUGGAAGAAGUCAACAAGCUCGAAUACCUCAUCGCCGUCUUCCAGGAAACUCUACGACUUUAUCCACCCGUUGCCACAGGCUUUCCUCGUGUUGUACCAGUGGGGGGCGACAAUAUCUCAGGCCACUAUAUCCCUGGCGGCACUUCGGUAUACUGUUCCCAACACGCGAUGUAUCAUUCUGAGCGCAAUUUCAAGGACCCAGAGCUCUUCGUUCCGGAACGCUGGUUAGGCGAGGAACGGUACAAGGAUGAUAAGAGGUCGACGCUGAAUCCGUUUAGCUUUGGACCAAGGAACUGUUUGGGCAAGAAUCUGGCAUACGCGGAAAUGCGUCUCAUCCUCGCUAAGAUCGUCUUCGCUUUCGACCUCGAACUCGUAGAGAAAGAGAGGGAUUGGAUGGGUGAGCAGAAGGUUUUCACGCUCUGGGAUAAAAGCGCGUUGAUGGUCAAAAUAAAGCCCGUACAGCGUUAG